GCAUGGGUUGGAACUGGAGUCUCUCCCAGGACCUGACUACAACCAGCACAAUGUGGUUACUAACCACUCUUCAUUCACAUAUUGAUGCCUCCCAGAAAAAAACGCCGCCAAACGUCCCAGAAAGCCCAGCUGCUGUUCCACCAACAGCCACUGGAGGGCUCCAAACAUCGCUAUAGAUCGCCACAGCUGCCCAUCACCCACACCAGAAGGGUGCCCAGCAAACCCAUUGACCACACAACCAUCACUUCCUGGGUAUCACCUCAAUUUGAUAGAACAGCAGAAAGUUGUUUCCCAGCCAAACGGAAACAGAAACGUCAUCACCGAGACCAGGCAAGACAUUCAAGUCGAAAAUCUACCACUUCCAAGUUUCCACAUCUAACAUUUGAGAGUCCACAGUCUUCUUCCAGUUCAGCCACACUUGGGAUCCCCUUAACCAGGGAGUGCCCCGAUCAAUCUGAAAAGGACAUUUCCAGAAGGCCCUUAGUUCCAGUGCUCAGUCCCCAAAGCUGUGGGGAACUGUCAGCACAUGCACUUCAAAACUUACCUUAUGUGUUCAUUGCGCCUGACAUCCAGACCCCAGAGUCAUCUUUUAUAAAGGAGGGGCCCAUUUCCCCAAAUCAGAGGGAAAACAGCCUGCCAAGCUGCUCCCUUCACACUAGUACUCCCGAGAGCCCAGAGUCUGAGCCUGUUCUGGUUAAAGACACUCCUGAGGAGAAGUAUGGGGUAAAGGUCACGUGGAGGAGACGACAGCGCCUGUUUACUUACCUCAGAGAGAGAGGGAAGCUGAACAAAAGCCAGUUCCUUGUGAAAAAUUGACUGGAUUUCUCAGACAUCUGUAAUCUCAAGAAACUGAUUGCUGGUUUCAUAGAGUUGCUAAAGUCACUUUUCUGGCUCAUAGAAGAGUACACAUCAAGAAAAUAAAAUAGAAAUAAUACCAAUAACAUCAAUAGAGAAAAGAUAUUUUAACUAGAGCCCUGGAGUCAUAGAAAAUUCAGUUUCUAGAUUUGCUUUUUAAAAUAUCUUGUUACAUACAGUUUUCAGUGUCAUAAACAGUUCAGUUUAUAUUUUUCUUGUAUUAACUGUUUAAAAUUUUAAAAUAUCUUGUAACAGUUUAAAAUGUGUGUAAAUAAAUGGUUGCAGAAAGUUUUUAAAAGAACACUGCUUCUGACUGCCAGUAAUGCAGCAAAACUGUCCCUUCCACAAAAGUUCUUUCUUGAUUGAUUGCUUUAACUACUACUCAUUAAUCCUUUAAUAACCUCAUUCAAACUAAUUCAUUCCACAUUUUUGAGUACCAACUCUGUUGGGCUCAGUGGCAGCUUCCUCUAUGACCUGUUGAAUGGAAAAAAAAAAAUCAAAGCAAACUCUGACGUUAUAUAGUUGAGCUGCUGCCUGUGCAACCUGGGCUCAUCUGAAAGGGCAGGAUGAUGAAAGGGCAGCAAGCCCUGUUUUAUUGACUACAGUAGUAUCAGGGGAGAUAAAGGGAAACAUGGAUAAGUUACUUAGGUUGCUGUAUUUUGAUUUUUUAGUUCCAACCUAAGUUAAAUAGGGUAGGAAAAUGAUUUCUUGGAGUAACUGUUUAAAAUGUAUGAAAAUAAAUGUGGAAACUUUUCAGAGAA